AUGUAUGGGGCUAAUAUUUUAGAUCCAUUCAACCUCAAACACCCUGCCAAACCAAACGAUAACUUCACGUGGAUAAAAUUUAAAGGCAUUUUAAAUAUUUUGCUCGAUGAAAAAAGAAGUAACUCUCAAGCACGAUCAUCCGAAUUGCUCGAAGAAUACUCCUGGCUACGUCAAAAUAUGAAGAAGGAUGAUUGGGAAUCUGACAAAAGGAUGGAAUUUUUCAUCUUUACUCUCAAGUCAUCCCACCAAACCUCGACUCAUCUCGAACUCACCCGAGAUGCCACCACCCCCCGAUUGCCUGGAAGGAACAAGGCUAUCAGUGCUUAUACUUCUGGCGACUUGAAAGGCACCGAGUACCUCACAGCCUUCUCUGUCGAUGACCACGGGUACUACUACUUCAAUGAGGAUAAGGAAAAGUUUCUCAGCUAUUAUCACCGCCCCAGUAGCUUACGUGGAACUAAAGGUAUCUCGUUGAAACCAGGUUACGAAAAGUGGAGAAAAACCCUCAUCACACAUCGCCCCAAGUACAAUCAUGUCGCUCUCUUGCACGCUAUCAAAGAGCAUGAAGAAAAGCUGGGUGUUAAAGUCAAAGCCGAUAUUAUUGUCACUCGAAGAGUGUUAAAGUCUUUUCUCCAGUCAUUAAAAAGUUUCUCCAAUUCAUUCGAAUUGGAUAUCGUGUUUUUCGAUGAACAUUUAUUCAUCAAGGAAACAGCGGCAUCCAAGGCCAGAAACCAAGAAGUUGCGCGGUUAAAUACCAGAGGCUUGAAGUACAUAUAUGCUGGAUACAAGUAUGAGAGUCGAGUCACACUUCCAAAGCCUGCGAGCGAAUACGAAAAUGCCCGUAUUAUUCAGGAGACCCAGGAACAUAACCCCAUCGCCCACGGUGGGGAAGGCUUUAUUGCCGUGGUCCAAAGGAAGGUUAAGAAUAUCAACUUGAUUAUCUCUGGUGAGAUCGACUGUAUUCAGUCCCCGGCUUCCACCAAGGCUGAAUUAAAGACAUCUGACUUUAUGGAGUUGAAGGUUACGGGCGACACAAAGUACAAUUUCAGUGAUAAGUUAUUCCGUGCUUGGUCUCAGAGCAUGGUCAUUGGUACCUCCACCAUUGUUUACGGAUUCAGGUCUCAAGACUUGAUGCUCAAACGCAUGCAGCUGUACAAGGUGUCUGAGAUGCCUGAUAGUGUUCUUCAAGCCGAACAAUGUGAGGAGUCGACUCAGUUCUUUGUUUCAAUUUUGGAAUGGAUCGUUGCUACUAUCCCUAAGGACGAGGGUAAGGCUUGGAGGUUGGAAUAUACACGGAAUCAGCAAUAUGAAUUAAAGGAAUAUGUUGGUUCGAAGGUGGAAACGAUCAGAGAUGACGUCGUGCGUAAAGAAUUUCAAAGGUGGAGAAAGGAAAAGAUUUCGGUUCCAUGGCAGGAUUAUUCCCAUAACAAGGAUGAUGACCUUGCUGUUUCCAUGGGUGGGUUACAUUUAUCCUAA